UUGAAUAUUAUCAUCAAUGAACUUCACUUGCUUGUUCUCAAGUGUAGCCCAUUCUGUUCAAAGAGUAAUGACGCUUUCGUCGUGUUUUCCUUGUCGCAUGUAGCGAACUGCCGAUCCCGGGAUUAUAAAGCAUCAUUGGACUGUAGCCUGAUUGAAUGAGUAACAUUUGUACUAGUAUUUUUCCACACAGAUCCAAUUUUCCCAAGAAAAAUGGAACAUGCCCCUACUUGGGUGUUCCUGUUUUCGGUUCUCCUCAUCUUUCCGGGAGUGAACUCUGAGUCUGAUCGAGUGAGGCGGUCCCUAGUCGAGUUCAUGGGAAAGCUCUCGCCGGAUGAUGCACUGAGAGACGACAGCUGGGGAUGGAACUUGACUUCCGAUCCCUGUGCUUGGAGGGGCAUAGCCUGCAAUCCCGGUUCACCAGUCAUUCGAAAAAUCGUCCUCGAUGGGCUGGGACUCAGUGGGAUCUUUGAUCCCGAAUUUCUCUGCUCAGCGAGGUCUCUUGUUGUGCUGAGCUUAAGUGGGAACAAUCUCGGAGGAGGUAUCCCACGAGAGAUAUCAAACUGUAAGCACCUCACACACUUGUACUUGAGUAACAACCGAUUCUCGGGAGAAAUUCCGGUGAGCAUGUUGAAAAUAAGUAGCCUAAGGAGGAUCAAUAUAUCGAACAACAACUUCACAGGCAAGUUGCCUGAUCUGGGUGAAAACCCAGACCUGCUCUCGUUCCUCGCCCAGAACAACCAUUUUAUCGGGUCCCUGCCCGAGACAGACUAUGCCCGGUACGAGGAAUUUAAUGUCUCGAACAACAACUUGAGCGGUCAGAUUCCUGAUCUCAAGGGCCGUUUGGGGGUGGACAGCUUCUUGCCAAAUCCCGGAUUGUGCGGGAAGCCACUGCCUAAUUCAUGCCCGCCUCCUCUCCCUUCAAGGAAAAAGUCGAAGGAGUGGUCCACCGAUCGGUUCCUUAUAUACUUGGGAUAUGCAUUCCUUGGGCUACUCGUAGUCCUCUUUAUCGGGCUUAAAGUUGUAUGCUUAAGGAAGAGGAGAAAUAGAGUAGUUGAUGAUGAGAAGAACAUAAUAGGCGAGGAGAGCACUACCACUAGCAAGAGUCGAGUGACCCGACCUCCUUCGGUUGAGUUUAAGAAUGGCGAUAAAUCGGAGUACUCCAUGACAUCUAUGGAAGGCGGUCCGUCGACUCUUGUGGUCCUAAAUGAUCGGGCAGUAAAGGACUUGAACUUCGACGAUCUCCUUAGAGCUCCGGCAGAACUGCUUGGGAGAGGGAAACACGGGACGCUUUACAAGGUCAUGAUCGAUGGUUUGGCGGACUUAGCUGUGAAGAGGAUUAAAGAGUGGGGAGUCUCAAGCGAGGAUUUCCAAUGGAGGAUGAAGAGGAUCGACCAAGUCAAGCACCCGAAUGUAUUGGCCCCUCUGGCGUUUUACUGCUCGAGGCAGGAGAAGCUCGUCGUCUACGAGUUUCAGCCCAACGGGAGCCUCUUCAAGCUUCUCCACGGAUCGAGUAAUGAGCAAACAUUUGAUUGGGGAACUAGAUUAAAUACCGCAGUGAGCAUCGCCGGAGCUCUAGCCUUCAUGCACGGGAAGCUUCGCGAAGACGGGAUUGCUCACGGGGGCUUAAAAUCCACAAACAUCUUGUUCGACAGGAACGUGGACCCAUGUAUUUCCGAGUACGGGCUAAUGAUGGUAGAAAACACUCAAGACUACUCCAGUAGUUUCAUCUCUCAGACGGAAACCGAUUCCUUCGGGGCAGACACCUAUGCCUUCGGGGUGAUUCUUCUCGAGCUUCUCACUGGAAAGACGGUCGAGAACAGUGGUGUCGAUCUGGCAAGGUGGGUCCACUCAGUGGUUCGAGAGGAAUGGACCUCGGAGGUAUUUGAUCGGGCCCUAAUCUCUGAAGGGGCGAGCGAGGAGAGGAUGGUGAACCUGUUACAGAUUGCACUCAAGUGCGUAAGUCCAAGUCCUAGUGAGAGGCCAAGCCUACGUGACGUCGCCACUAUGGUUAACGCAUUGAAGGAGGACGACGAGAGGUCUAUGGUCUCGGAACUGUCAUCGACUUUCUUGGCUUCCAAGGAAAGUGGGAAUCAACAAACUGCUUAGUUGCACACAAAAACAUGUAACUAGUACAAUGCCUCUGUAACAACAAAUUAUUUAA